AUGGAGAGGGGUCCACAUCAAAUUAAAGAAUUCGAGUUUCCUAUUAAUAAAGGAAGGCGUAGAUUUUCGCCCUCGCAUUAUUUGAAAGUGUUGAGCAAUGGUGAAGUCGUUGAGAGAAGUUGGUUGAUUUACUCUGUUACAAAUGAUACUGUCUUUUGCUAUUGUUGUAUUUUAUUUGAUAAUUCGUCUACUAUUAGUGACUGGCCCGAAAAAGACUAUUCUGACUGGGGGAAUCUUCCAAGAGCCCUCACAAUGCACGAAAAGUCUGUAAAUCACAGAAAUGCCUUUAGAGAAUGGAAAGAAUUAGGCAUUCGAUUAAAACAGAAAAUAAAAACUAUUGACGCUGAAUAUCAACGAAUUAUGGAUAUAGAAAUUCAGCAUUGGAAAGUUCUAAAAAGAAUUAUGUCAAUAAUUAGACUAUUGGCUUCACAAUGCUUAGCUUUUCAUGGAACAACUGAACAUUUGUUUCAGUCUAAUAACGGAAACUUCUUAAAGUUGGUAGAAUUGCUUUCUGAGUUUGAUCCAGUUAUGGAAGAACAUAUCAGGAGUUCAACGCGAGUCUGA